AUGAAUGGAAGUAUGAGUACAUCCAAAAAUUCACCAUCAAAACCUUCUACUCCCAAUUCAAGCUCCAUUUUAAAUAACAAUUCACAGACUUCCAAUGGUUCAGAAAACAAUCUACGAAAUACGAAAAAUGAAAAUGGAAGUCGAGUAUCAAUUAAACUUAGCGAUUUAGGAAUUAAAGUUCCAAGUAAAAAAAAUAAUAAAUCAAAUACAAAUGGCGUGGGGAAUUUAAAUAAUAAUAAUAAUGAACCUUCUUGGCAAUUGAAUAAAUUGAAUUCAAAAAGUCCAUUUAAUAAAUUAUCAUCACAACCACAAUCACCACAAGCUCCUCAACAGCAACAACCACAAUUACAAAAAAGACCAUCAAGGAGUCCCUUGUUUAAACUGAAGAAUCGAUCAGAUACAAAUAUCACAAGUCUUAAUUUGAAUCAUAAUAAAAGAAAAUCUGUUUCAUCAAUAUCAACUCCUGGUUCAAAUUCUAUAACUCCUCCAUUAAUAUCAAAAUCAAGUGAUAAUUUACGAAAUUUAUUAGAUCGUGAGCCUCCCAUCACUCCACCUGUUUUUGAAGAUGAUAGUAAUAUGUCAUAUUUUAAUUUAGAUAAAAAUCGAAGAAUUUCUAGUGGUAAUGUAAAUAAUAACUUUAGAUCAAAAGAUAGACGAAAACCUUCUUCUUUUAAUAAUGGAAAUAAGAGUAAUACGGAACUACUAAAUAGUCCUAGAUUUAUCAGAGAUUUUAAAAAAUCAAUUGCUAACAAUUAUUUAAAUUCAUCAUCAUUCAAUUCACAACAACAUUCCAAUUCUAAUAAUCCUAAAUUACAAGUACAAAAAGAACAAAAAAAUCGAUUAGUUGAUCAAUUUUAUAAUAAUGUCCCCAAUUCUCCACAAAAUAAUAGUGAUUUAAAUAGAAUUUUACAAAAUAAUUUAAAUGAUAGUAAUGAAUCUGGAUUUUUAGCUUCUUUACAAAAUAGUAAUGUUAAUUUAAAAUCAAUGGCUCAAGGAUUAAGUUCAACAAAAAAUAAUGAUAUUAAAAAAUUUAAAUGGGAUCAAGAUGAAAUUAAUGUUGAUGAAAAAAUGAAAGAAUUUGAAUUAUUACAACAAAAUCAACCUCCUAAAUCAGGACAUUCAACAACAACUACAAAUAAUAUGCCAUUUGAUUUAAAAGCUAGUGAAGAUUUAGUUUUUAGUAUUUUAAAUAAUGGAGGAUUUAGUUUUCAAUAUGAUGUUAAACAUGUUAUAGAAGAUGAUAAAUUAGUCAAUUAUUUAAUAAAUAUAGAUAAUAUAAUUGAUGAUUAUAUGAAAUCUAAAAAUUCAAAUCACAGCAACAAUCAAAAUUUAAAUGAUGAUGCAAUGAAUCAAUUAACUAAGAUUAUAUCAUCAAUUUCAGAUAAAAUAAUGAUGAAAUCAAAAUUAUUAAUUCAUUCAAAAUCUAAUCCUAUAAAAAUGUCAAUAUUACAAUUAAAUAUAAUAUCAAAUUAUCUAAUAAAUUUAAAUUUAGAUAUAAAAAAUUUAAAAAAUUAUCUAAUAACAAAUUUAGAAAAUACCAAAAAUGAAAAUAAAGAAAUUAUUAUCAAAAGUUUAAAUAAAUUAGAUAACAUAAAUGAAAAUUUAAUAAAUUUUGAAAAUAAAUCAAAUUUUUAUAAAGAUAAAAUCUCGAAUUCAAAAAAUUAUAUGAAUGAUGAAAUUAAUAAAAAAAUUAAGUUAUUGGAAUCUAUUAAUAUUAAAAUUCAAAAUCAAAAAAAUUUAAAUAAAACUAAAAAUUAUUUAAAAUUAAAUUGUUUGAUUAUUAUUGGAUUUAUUUUAUUUGUUGGUGUUUGGAUUUAUAAACGUUGA